UAAAGAUAAGAGAAAUGUUCAUCCUGAUCGCAGUAAGUAGUAAUUCUGUAACUCGCAAGCAGUUCAAAAAAUUCAGCUAAAUAUCUAUUAAACUUAGUACAUACAUUUCACUUAAAUUUCGUAUGUUGGGCAAUGGAUGAAUAUUCUACGAUGAAGAUCGAAAAUGCGCUUUCGGAAGAUCCGUGAUGUAGGGGAAUUUAAGCAAAUUGUAGCUCAAACCACUGUAUAUUUGCAUGCUCCAAUCGCAGUUGCUGUUAUAGAGAAAAUCUGUAUCUGAAAGAUGAUGUCCUGCUGUAGACCUCCAGACCCUAGUUAUCGUCACAGCCGAACUUUAGAUAAAGAAAUAGCUCAGUGGAUGAAGGAAUAUAGGAACAUUAUCAAAUUUCUCCUGUUAGGAGCUGGAGAGUCCGGAAAGUCAACAAUCCUAAAACAAAUGAAAAUUUUACACAUUCAAGGAUUUUCCGACAGUGAAAGGCAGGAAAAGGCUAAGGAUAUUAGAAGAAAUGUUUUAGAAGCCAUCAAGGAACUGACUGGCAAUAUGAUGAAUUUGAAGCCUCCAGAAUAUCUCGAUAAUGAAAAGAAUAUGGCGAGUUUGCAAUACGUGAAUGCUAUUAGUCUCAUUGACGAUUAUCACUUUCCACAGGAAUUUUACGACCACGUCAUGAAGCUAUGGGCUGAUGAAGGAGUCCAAAGAGCAUUUAACAGAAUGAAUGAGUUUCCGAUUAUCGACUCAGCUAAAUACUUCCUGAAUAAAGUUGACUACAUUCGUAAAGAGGAUUAUGUUCCGUCUGAUCAAGACAUCUUGCAUUGCAGAAAACGAACUACCGAAAUUCAGAAAAUUGAAUUUGAUGUUAAGAUUCCUAAGAAAUAUGGCGGCGGUAUACAGACAUUUUGGAUGUUUGAUGUCGGAGGACAGAGAGGUGAACGACGAAAAUGGAUUCAAGUGUUUGACGGUAUCACCGCCAUUUUAUUUCUUGUUGCUUCUUCUGGUUUUGAUCUUACUCUCCGAGAAGAUAACCAAACGAACAGACUUCAGGAAUCUCUAUCUCUUUUCUUGGAUGUUUGGAAAAGCAGGUUUCUAAAGGAAUCAGGUUUCAUUCUGUUUCUGAACAAACAGGAUAUACUUCGAGAGAAAAUAGAAAAAGGUGUAAGGCUAGGUGACUAUUUCCCAGAAUAUCUGAACUAUUCACCUACCGAUCCAAACAUUAGUAAUGAAUAUGAAAAAGCACGAUGCUUCAUUAGAGACCUUUUUUUGGCCGAAACAAAGAAGCAACCGACUAUACCAAGAUCUUGCAGAUCCAGCGAUACUUACUGUGAUCGGAGAUGUUCGAAGCCUCGAGACUGCUUUUGGCAUUAUACUACAGCAACGGAUACCCAGAAUGUGAAGAGAGUUUUCGAUGAUGUUCAUACGAUGAUCGUCAUGCUUAAUCUUGAAAGCAUUGCUCCCGCAUAAUAAAAAGCUUAGAAUUCACUUUUCGUGAAAUAACAGAAACUUAAACGAAUCCCACGGCCAGGAUAACAGAAACUACAUCAUUUGUCCUAAAUACUUCAGAGAUUGAUAUAUUCUAUAUUAUGGUAUUUUCGUAUAUUCAUUUAACGAACAAAAAUAAUUUUGCAUUAUUCUCCCAUUCCGAGAAUUCAACAGAAAUAUUUUUCUUGCACUAAAAUUUCAAUCUGUUUUGGCCUUAAGAAGAGCUUUAUAUAACUCUUAAGGAUUUUUUUCAGAAAUUGAAUCGUGAUGUUUAUUUUUGUUUAAUUACAAUGUAGAUACUUUUUAAGUUAUAGCUUACCAGGCAUAGUUAGUUAACCAUUUUAGCAUUCUUUGGAAUGUGUUUCGGCAAUUCGAUAAUUAUGUGGUAAACUAGUAACAUAAACAUUAAUAGCGUUACUUAAUUUUCAACAAAUACAUGCUAUUUAAUAGUAACGUUAUGAAAAUAUUUCACAAAUAUAACUUUUUUAAGAUUAUGAAUAAUUCAUCUUAAAUUUAUCUAGUUAUAUCAGUCUGAAAUGAAGUCGAUACUUUUAUUUCCGUUUUAGCUGUUAA